AUGAAAUUUACGGUAGCCCUUCUCUUAGUGCUGGCCCUGUGCCAUGCCGCUCCGGAACCUAAGAAGUCCAAAGCUAAAGCUUCGGAGUCCAGCAAUGAGAAGCGGGCGCUGAAGGAUGGAAGCUAUGAAGACACCGCUUAUUUCAAGAGUGUCCUCCGAUCUAUCGACCCGGAAAUUGAUUUUGCCGAUGAUUCUGAAGGCCGCAACUACGACCAGCAUUCGAGGAGCCCCAAGAUAUCCGACGUCUUAACAGGAGAGGGUCCCCACUUCCACGCAACCAUAGCCGGUCAGCUCUACUCUCCCGGUUCUCCGUAUGAACACAAGUAUUCUGAAGAAUCGCAAUCUUCUAACGGCCAACGCGAAAGCGAACAAGAAACUGAAGAAGAGGAACGUAGACCAGCACCAAAGAAGAAGGCCAAGAAGCAAAAGAGCAAGUCGAAACACUCCAGUCACAACAGCCACGAAAGAGACAACGAAAAAGAUCACGACGAAGAUUAUGACCACCAGGAAUACAUCUACCCAUCAUACGGAGGCCUCCACCACAAUCUAUUCGGACACCAACAACUGUACCCUGGCCUUGGCUACGGUCUGGACCCCAGAAUCUUCUAUGGAAAGCAUCUUCUCAACCCUUACUUGUACCCCAAUGCCUUUGGUCGCCCGUUCAUCAGACCGGUCUUGGGAGCUAUUCCCCCUCACCCAUUGACUUCGCCGCACCUUUCGCAACUAGCUCUCAGAAACCCUCUGCACCCACUUGCCCAUUCUCAAUUCCUUUUGAACCAGGGUCUAACCCAUCCUUUACAAUACGUAGAACAGCAAGGCUACGAACAAGCCAUCCCUGGUGUGUCAUACGCACAGAAUGCUCAAGAAGUGAACGCCCAGGGCGCGGCCGCUAAUGCGCAACAGCAACUUGAACAGCAACAGAUUGCCGCUGGUCAGCAACAAAUCGCUUUAAACCAGCAACAAAUCGGUCUUGCGCAACAACAAGCCCAAGUUCAGGUUCCUCAACAGAACUACAACGCUCAAGCUACACAACCAGGAGCUGUCAGCUACGCCACCUACACUCAGAACGUCCCCUCCCCUUUCAUCCAAGUUUACGGAACUCCUCAAGAGCCACAACCACAACUAGAACUUCAAGCCAUACCUAACGUACAGCUGCAAGAGCUGCCGUCGCUCAGACCGUUACCCAACUUCCAGAACCAGAUAAUUCAAUCUGAAGUGCGUCCAAUUCGGCUAACUCAAGGCCUGCCUGCCCAACAACAAUCAUUACCUCUCGUGCGCAUCCCCCAAGAACCUCGCAACGAACAACGUCAACAACUGUUUAGCGCACAAUCAACGUCUCCGAGUCUGUUGAGCGACGUGAACCUUGAAGCCCAAUCUUCGAGUCCUGCUCCCACAAUUCAGACCAGCCAAUCUUCUCAAUCAGUCACCAUCGAACCUUUGGAACAGGAAUCUCAGUCUACUCCAGCACCCCAGGUCACUGAGCAGACACCCAGGCCUGAGCCUUCAAGUACCCCAGCACCGGAGAGCGAGGGGAAUUUUAUUAAUGUACCGGAUCAAUCUGAGGCUUUUAACCCAGAACUGAUCAUUCAGCAGCCAGGACUGACUGCACCUAGCGUUCAAUAUUUUGGAAACUAUGCCGAGUCCCUGUUCAACCCUUAA